GCAGUCCUCCAACACCAGAUCAUUGCCGAACUCUUCGACCACAGACUCCACUUGGCCCCAGUCGUCAAGGCCAGGGCCGCCCUCGACGUAGGCACGGGGCCAGGGCUAUGGGCAUUAAAGAACCCAAACUGUGCCGUGAUGGGCGUCGAUAUUGAGAAAGUGCGCCCUCCAUAUAACGUGUCCAACUGCCAGUUCAAGGUUAUGGACAUAACUACCGACUGGAACAUCGGCAGACAGUUCGACUUCAUCCAUGUCCGUAUGCUGGGCGAUAUCGUGGAAAAGGAAAAGUUCGUCGACUCCAUCUAUCGUCACCUGAACCCUGGAGGCUGGGUCGAGUUCAGCGAAUGGAUCGCGAUCCUCGUAUCCCCAGAUCACUCACUAGAGGGGACAGCAUUUCACAAGUGGAACAUGCUUCUUCAACAGGGUCUUCAUAAUAUGGGCCGUUCCAUGCACUACGUCUCUCAAUAUCAGCCCAUUUUGGAGAAGUCAGGGUUUGAGAGGAUGAAGUUGACAAAGCACGCUGCGCCUACGAACGCGUGCUAUCCGGGCAAGAAGUGUCAGCGGUUCGGCACCAUGAUGUCCAACAACUGGAAUGCCAUUAUCGAGCCGCUAAGUGUCCCUGUUUUUACUAUUGGCCUAGGCUGGUCCGAGGCCCAGGUUCUUGCAUUGGUUAAGAAGGUCCGCAAGGAGAUUGACGAUACGAAUUAUCAUUCGUUCAUGACGCUGUAA